AUGCCCGCCGCUGGUCGGGAUGGUGGGCCAGGCCUGGCCAGCCCUGUUGCUAGUGGUGCUAGGGUGCAAGGGAGCACCGCUAGUGGUGUUAGUGGCUUCGUCCUUCCUCCAGUAACACAACACGCCUUCCUGCCGGAACGAGCACUAACACCACACUUCAGCCAUGAGACAGAACCCUCACUCGGCCAGCAUCAAGCCCACACACCCAGGCAGGCCAGGAACAAAACGGAGACGGAAACAAGAGCGGUGAACCCACAGCACACCACGCACACAACAGCACACAAACAGGCCAGUCUGACGUUUCGCGCACAGGUCGAUGCUCCGGCUGAGCACUGCCAGACGGAAAGGGCAGGCACGGCUUUGGACGAGUUUGGCAGGGGCGCGCUUCGCGCCUUCCUCUGCCUACUUAUAUGA